CAUACAGUUAGUACCGUCAUGGCAUCGGUGCAAACAGUUCAGAGGAUACUGUUAAAUAUGCUACUCUGGUUCCUCUUCAUGGGAGCAGCUCUAUCUGCCCCUGCAGAUAAUAAGGACGAAAAUAAUGGCCUAGAACAUAUUGUUAAUAUUCGGUCAGACCAUACCGAACCCGAAACAACUAACAACAGACUAAUGCUGGCAGCCAAUAUCAAAUUAACUAAUCACCUCCAGAAAGGACACAUAUCGAAUAAUUUAACUUUCAACAUCUAUGAUGACAACAUGAAGGAUGCGACUAUAGCAAUUUUUAACAUAAUAAGAAAUAUCGAUCCAGAAUUGAUACCCAGGUUCAGGGAUUUUGCUUCAAUCGCAGGCAUAAACAAACAAAUGUAUGACUACGCUGAACGAAUGAGUUCUUUAGUUAAAAUGGAUCCGAUACUAUUUAGGUUCAAAGCCAACCAACCCCCAUUUCAGUUAAGACCGCAUUUCUACGUAAACGCUGAAACUAUUACAAAAGCAUUAAAACUUAGAAUUCGUUAUGAAUUGCCAAGAAAACCUUUGGGAGAGACAUGGCCUUCUACUCCAGUAAUAGAAACUUUAAACAGCAACUAUUCUCAUUGGAAUGAUCCUCCUGAGGGUUGUGUAGAUAAACUCGACUACUUCAGAGAAGACAUUGGUUUGAACGCCUACUAUUUCGGCAUACAUCUGCUACAUCCACACUGGAUGUCUAACGAAGAACUAAGCCAAUUGAAUCCCACACAUGGUGAAGACUAUUAUUACAGACACCAACAACUUAUAGCUCGAUACAACUUGGAAAAAGAAGGCCUGAGACAAGAAGAAAAGGAGUGUAACUUUUAUGAUUCAUAUUCUUAUUUGACUUAUGAUAAUGGGGUUCCUUUCCCAGUCAGGUCAGAUAUUCAAGGAGAAUGGAGCGAGGAAAGGGCUAGACUAAAAAUGUCUGACAUCCUUUUGACGGAAUACAUAUCUCGUGGGACUGUUGUUAUGAAAAACGGUACCAUUAUAAACUUAACCGAAGAGAAUCAUAUAAACGUGUUAUCCAAUGUGAUACGAGCCCACUACGAUGGCAACAGUACAGCAAAGAUUAUGAGAUCUCUUUAUGGUUACGGCAGAAAUGGUUAUCCUUUGGACCAGUAUAACCCUGCUCCGUCGCUGUUUCAUCAACCUGAAACCUGUUUAAGAGAUCCAGGAUACUGGUUUAUAAUUCAGUACUUGCUGAAUUACAUUAAGGAAUAUCAGAAAUCUAUUGAGCCAUUCGACGUAUCAAAGUAUGAAAAUAGUGACAUCGUUAUAGAAGAUGCAGAGUUCAGUCCCCUUACUACACUCUUUGAAAAUUAUGAAUUCUCAAUUGAUGAAGCGAUAGGAGAUACUCCAGAUCGGAUAGUAUCUUUUGCAGUCAGAAAAAGACGCCUUAAUUACUCUCCUUUUGUAUUUAACUUCAAUGUUAUAACGAAUAUUGAACAAGAAGUUGUCGUACGAUUAUUCUUAGGCCCACCAUGCCAAGGCGAAGAAUGUUGGGAACAAUAUCGUAAAUAUUUUCAACUUGAUGCGUUUAAAUUCAAACUUGAGUUAGGUGAAAACAUUAUAAGUUGGGUGCCAGAAAAUUCAAGUAGAUACACCACAGAUGCGAUGUUCAACAAAGGAGAUAUGUCACAAUCUGAUAAAAACGCAGAGUAUAAUAUGUAUAAGUUCCCUCGAAACCUAUUGCUUCCUAAAGGCGUACAACAAGGACUGAAUUUGACAUUAUUUGUAAUGAUUACGCCCGCGCCGUUUGAAUCACAGAAGAUUGAUUACGUUAAGAACAAAAAUACUUACUACAGUCUUACCAACCUUGAAAUUGACGACAGACCCCUAGGUUUCCCCUUUCAUAUGCCAUCUAAAAAUUACAAGAGUGCUGUAAGCAACUACAGAUUUUAUAACGUGACUGUCUCACAUAAAAAGCGACCAGCAGAUGAUUAUUAUUUUUCACCACAUUUAUACUAAUUUUUUACUAAUAAGUACUAAUAACAAUGUUUUUGAUGUUGUUAUUUUAUAAAGUAAACGUUGUGUUUUAUAAAUAA